UUAGCCUAAGGAGAGGACCGCAAGAGCGGGAGGGGUGCUGUAGUGGAAGAAGGCGGCGGCGGGAGAGCGCUUGCGCAGUGGAGGUAGCGGCGACUCCUGCUCCUCCCUCGGGAGCGCGGGCGGUGCGUUUCUCCCCCGCCCCCCGGGCGCGCCUGCGCAGAGCGGGCCUCGCGCGCCUCAGUGACAGCGGCCGCCCCCACCCUCCGCGAGGGCCUGGCCCCUGAGGCGACUCGGCCGGUUGGCGCCGCGGCGAGAGCGGAGAUGCGGGCGAGGGGCGGCCCGGGCGCGGCGCCACGCGGGCUGGGGUGAGCCGGCGCCUGACCCUGAGGGUCCCAGAGAGGCCGGCCGCCAUGGCUUCGGCGGCAGCAGCAGCGGCGGCGGCAGCCUCCCCUCCGCUUCCCGCGGCGGUGGCGGGGCGGCCGCGCAGCACGGAGGUGCGCUGCGACCCCAGCGGAGACAGCCGCAGCGUGACGGUGCGGAUCCAGGCGCGGAGCCCCCAGCCGCCGCUGCCGCCUCCAGGGCCGGGCCAGGCCUGCAAGUCCAGCCUCUCCUCCAGCUGCAGCAGCUCCGGGGGCGACGCGGCGGCGGCGGCGGCGGCAGCGGCGGCGGCGGUGGCGGCGACGCGCCGGGCGCAGGCGGCGGCGGAGGCGGCGGGCGAGGGCGGCGGCCUGUUCGGGCUGGGCCUGGGCUUGGGCUCGCGGCGGCCCCGGCGCGGGCGGUCGGGGCGGCGGCGGUGGCUGCCGCAGCUCUUCGAGCGGGCCUCGCGGCGCUGGUGGAGCCCGCAGUUCGACUCGCGCAACCUGGAGGAGGCCUGCCUGGAGCGCUGCUUCCCGCAGACGCGGCGCCGCUUCCGCUGGGCGCUCUCCUACCUGGGAGCCGCCGGGCUGCUGUGGGGCACCUACCUGGGGCUGCGGCCGGGGCCCGGCGGCGGGCGGCGGCAGGUGGUGCUGGUGGCGCCGGCGCUGGGCUUCCUGGCCGCCUGCCUGGCCGCCUUCCUCUUCACCUUCACGCGGGCCUAUGGGCGGCACACGGCGAGCGCCUCGUUGGCCCUGACGCUGGCCGCCUUCGCCCUCACCCUGGCCCCGCAGUUCCAGGUGCUGGGCGCCCCCGCCGCGGGGGCCGCUGCCAAUCAGAGCCUGGCUGCUCUCCCCGCCUCUGGCCCCUGCCUGUCGCAGGUGGGCAGCUUCUCCAUGUGCGUCGAGGUGCUGCUGCUGCUCUACACGGUGAUGCACCUGCCCCUCUACCUGAGCCUCUUCCUGGGUCUCUCCUACUCGGUCCUCUUCGAAACGUUCGGCUACCACUUUCGCGACGAGGACUGCUUCACGCCUUUCGGGGAGCGCCUGGUGUACUGGGAGCUGCUCAGCAAAGCCCUGCUGCACAUCUGCAUCCACGCCACCGGCAUCCACUUGUUCAUCAUGUCCCAAGUCAGGUCGAGGAGCACGUUCCUGAAAGUGGGGCAGUCCAUCAUGCACGGCAAGGACCUGGAGGUGGAGAAGGCCCUGAAAGAGAGGAUGAUCCAUUCCGUCAUGCCCAGGAUCAUUGCCGACGAUCUCAUGAAGCAGGGGGACGACGACAGCGAGAACUCCGUUAAGCGCCACUCCACCUCCAGCCCCAAAAACAAAAAGAAAAAGCCUUCCAUCCAGAAAAACCCCAUUGUAUUCCGUCCUUUUAAAAUGCAACAGAUAGAACAAGUCAGUAUUUUGUUUGCCGAUAUUGUAGGCUUCACCAAAAUGAGUGCCAACAAAUCCGCACAUGCUCUCGUGGGGCUCUUGAAUGAUCUUUUUGGUCGCUUUGACCGCCUCUGCGAGGACACAAAAUGUGAGAAGAUAAGUACUUUAGGAGACUGUUACUACUGUGUAGCUGGGUGUCCUGAGCCCCGAGAGGAUCACGCUUAUUGCUGUAUCGAGAUGGGCUUGGGCAUGAUUAAAGCCAUAGAACAAUUUUGCCAGGAGAAGAAAGAGAUGGUGAACAUGCGAGUUGGAGUUCAUACGGGGACCGUCCUAUGUGGAAUUUUGGGGAUGAGGAGGUUUAAGUUUGACGUAUGGUCCAAUGAUGUCAACUUGGCCAACCUAAUGGAGCAGCUGGGUGUGGCCGGGAAGGUCCAUAUUUCGGAGGCUACUGCAAAAUAUUUGGAUGACCGCUAUGAAAUGGAGGAUGGAAAGGUGAUUGAGCGUGUUGGCCAGAGUGUGGUAGCAGACCAGCUUAAAGGCUUGAAAACGUACCUGAUCUCUGGCUUGAAAGUGAAGGAGUCCCACUGCAACUGCUCACAGACUCUGCUUCCGAGUCUAGAAGCAGGAGACAGAAACAAGCUUCAGGGAGCUGCCUCAAUGGAGAAUGUUGGGGAUUCAGCCAAGGGUUUCAGACACUCGGAGAAAAGCAAGACAUGCCCUUCAUGCAGUAUUAUCCUUGCUCCCACCUGUGCUGCAAGUAUAGAGGAAGGAACCAUUCAGAACGGGUGCCAGGAUGAACACAAGAACAGCACAAAGCAGGGCCCCGGAGGAUGCAGUCCAAAGUCCCAGAAUGGGCUUUUGAGUCUUCCGCAAGAGGAGAAGCUGAGCAACAGCCAAACAUCCCUUUGUGAAAUGUUGCAGGAGAAAGGGAGGUGGGCAGGAGUCAGCUUGGAUCAGUCAGCCCUCCUGCCACUACGGUUCAAAAACAUCAGAGAGAAAACAGAUGCUCACUUUGUUGAUGUGAUUAAAGAAGACAGCUUGAUGAAAGACUAUUUUUUUAAGCCACCAAUUAACAGGCUGAGCCUGAACUUCCUGGACCAGGAUUUGGAGUUGGCCUAUAGGAGCAGCUAUCAAGAAGAGGUCAUAAGAAAUGCACCUGUGAAGACCUUUGCCAGCGCGACCUUCAGUUCGCUCCUGGAUGUGUUCUUGUCUACCACAGUCUUCCUCAUCCUCUCUGUUGCCUGCUUCCUGAAACACGGGAUGGCUGCAUCCCCUCCUCCGCCUGCAGCGGUGGUUGUGGUCGUCAUCGCCAUCCUGCUAGAGGUGCUGUCCCUUUUCGUCUCCAUUAGAAUGGUGUUUUUUCUGGAGAAUGUGUUGGCUUGUACAAAGCGUCUGCUGGAGGUGAUCUCUGGCUGGCUGCCGCGACACUUCGUUGGUGCCAUUUUAAUCUCCUUGCCUGCUCUUGCCGUCUUCUCACACUUCACCUCAGAGUUUGAAACCAACAUCUAUUAUACGAUGUUCAUGUGUUCUGCACUACUAAUUGCAAUUGUCCAGUACUGUAACUUCUGCCAGCUCAGUUCCUGGAUGAGAUCAUCUUUGGCCACCCUUGUUGGAGGAGUCUUGCUCAUCUUGCUCUAUGUGUCUCUCUGUCCUGACAGCUCUAUGGGGAAAUCGCACCUUAAUUCAACAGAGAACUUCAGCUCUGUGGAACUCUCCUACUUUGAUUCAGCACAGAACUUCAGCUCCACAGAAAUCCCCCGCCUUCCUUCAGAACAGAACAGCUCCAGAGACAACCCCUGCAACAGGUCAACAUCUGAUGACUUCAGACGGCCAGCAGACCUGAUUGGCCAGGAAGUGAUCCUGGGUUUCUUCCUUCUGCUGCUUCUGGUCUGGUUCUUAAAUCGGGAGUUUGAAGUCAGUUACCGCCUCCAUUACCAUGGAGACGUGGAAGCUGAUCUCCAUCGUACGAAGAUCCAGAGCAUGAGGGACCAGGCUGACUGGCUGCUGCGCAAUAUUAUUCCGUAUCAUGUGGCUGAGCAGCUGAAAGUGUCACAGAGCUACUCCAAAAACCACGACAGUGGCGGGGUGAUCUUUGCUAGCAUCGUCAACUUCAGCGAGUUUUACGAGGAGAAUUACGAAGGCGGCAAAGAGUGUUACCGGGUCCUGAAUGAACUGAUUGGGGACUUUGACGAGCUGCUGAGCAAGCCCGACUACAGCAGCAUUGAGAAGAUCAAGACCAUCGGAGCCACCUACAUGGCCGCCUCAGGGCUGAACGCCUCCCAGUGCCAAGAUAGCCACAAUCCCCACAGCCACUUGCAGACCCUCUUUGAAUUUGCCAAAGAAAUGAUGCGGGUGGUGGACGACUUCAACAACAAUAUGCUGUGGUUCAACUUCAAGCUGCGGAUUGGCUUCAACCACGGCCCCCUGACUGCAGGGGUCAUCGGCACGACCAAGCUCCUGUAUGACAUCUGGGGAGACACUGUGAACAUCGCCAGCAGGAUGGACACGACGGGGGUGGAGUGCCGCAUUCAGGUGAGCGAGGAGAGCUACCGCAUCCUUCACAAGAUGGGGUACGACUUUGACUACAGGGGGACCGUCAACGUGAAGGGCAAAGGUCAGAUGAAGACCUAUCUGUAUCCCAAAUGCAUGGACAAUGGGAUCGUUCCCCACCACCAGUUGUCCAUAUCUCCAGACAUCCGUGUCCAAGUGGACGGCAGCAUCGGGCGGUCUCCCACAGACGAGAUCACCAACCUGGUGCCUUCUGUACAGAACUCAGACAAGACCCCCCAGGCCUCAGACCGCCACUCGGAGCUCAAGGACGGACUGCCGGGUUUCAGAAAACUCCCCAGAGAGCUGGUCAAAGCAGAGGACCGAUGUAGACUUGGUAAGGCUGGCGAGAAGCGUGACGGCGAGGAAGUGGGUCUCGAAGAGGCGAAUGAACUGACCAAGCUGAACAGCUCCAGAAGUGUAUGAUGGCCUGGAGAAGCGCCGGGCAUGUUCCGUCCACAAGAACACAGAGGUCUUCCCCGCUGACUGUGUUCUCCUGGGCAGGGAGGAAAUGGACUGAGUGGUUGCCUGCCUUUAUUUUGGCAGCUAGGUAUCUGAGUGGAUGACAGUCAUAGGUGGCACUCCCACGCGCACGCACUCGCACUCCCAGCUCCCUUUGCACCAGUCUUUCAGCUGAGAGGAGGAGACAUCAAGUGCCUUCAGAUCAACUCUGCUGGACUCCCUGUCUAGGUAGAGAGGCACAAAGUCAAGCCACAGGGUGGGGAUUGGACUACAUUCAAAGGAUAAGCCGUGGUGUUCUCAUCAUUUUUAUUUCUUAUAAACACUACCUUCUGUUCUUGUUUUGGCUAUUGCAGCUCCUUGAAUAUAUCUAUAUCUAUAUAUAAUGUUAAGCUUUUUGUAUGUAAACCCAGAGAAAUGCACGUUUACUUACCUUCUGAGGCGGAUAGGAAGAGCCAGUGAGAGGAGGCGUCCUGGGGCCAGGGGAGGCAGGAGCAGUACAGGACUGCCUUGUGGUGGGCUGGCAGAGGGUGGGGGGAGCAGGCCGCUCAGCAUGUGUGCGCAAGGACAGUCCAGCUGCUGUGUGUGCCAUAUUUGGACUCAAGUGCCAUGGUGUGUUCUGGAGCACGUGGCAGCAACAUUCACCCAACGGGCCUGCACAGGCUGAAGUGGGUUCCGGAAGCAAAGGCAUAGGCAAUCUUAGCCUCAGGUGUUCUGCUCUUGACUCCUGCUGGGAAGGAUUUCUGAGCUUUGGGACGGAACUGGCUUCUCUGCAUCUGGUCUGGCGUAAGAGACACAACAUAAUAAACCAUUUGGGAUUGCCUCUCCCUCUUUUUUUAUUCCCCACCCCAAUCCUGUUUCUGUGGGGGUCUUCAGGCCUGUAAGGAUUCUGCCUGGUGCAGUUCAAAAGCCCAUUCAGCGAUUCUCUCUGCAUCCUUGGCCUUGCCUUUCUCUCUGCAGAGCUGAUGCCAAAGGUGAUUGGGACUCCAAAGCCAUCAAGAGGGACUCGUACAGUGUUUGGGGUGUAGGCACUUUCGUUCUCGCCGUGACUGAGAAGGGCAAGCCCAGCCUUUGAUGAGAGUAUGGUGGCCUUUUCUCUCCUGGUUUCUUACUCACUGGCCUGUGUACACUUGGGAUGAUGCUCAGCUUAUUUGGCUUCCAUAUAUCCAAACCGACUCUUGGCCCACCUAAAGGUGAUGCAUCCGGGCUGAAAUCUGUCCUCCUGACACAUGCCAAGAAUGCAGUGGUGGCUUGUCUGCACUUCUGCAAGUUGAGAUGGCGUGAAAUGGGUUGCAGUGUGCAUUUUUUGUUGAACCUAUUUAGGUUGAUGUAAGAGGGCGAAGGUUUUUGUGUUCAACAGAACUCUUGUAGUGCAAUGUAAAUUCGUUUAGAAAAAGAUCCCCUUUCCUCUGACCUUUAGGGCUAGUUGGGCAACCUCAACCAGUUGUAAGGUGGUCGCUUCUGUUCCUUUCUUGCUGGGCUCACCUUCUUCAAAACUGGAGCCACAACUUGUGUCCCAUUUGAGUUUAGAUGUGAUGGUGCCUCACAGCUGCAAUCUGUUGACAGAAAGGGGUUUGGGUGUGAGCCCUCCUAGGGCCUCUUCUGGCCUUCUCCCUCUCUCACAGGCAACGCGUCUGUCCUAGCUGUACUGAACAGCUUGUUCAUAGAUCCAUUUUUUGGAGUUCUUAGUAGUACUUCAGGUGCAGUUGGGUUUAUCAACUUGGGGGUGGGGGGCGGGGGGUAAUGGAUUUCCAACCCGGGCAUCAGGCAGUGAAGUCCAGGCUUAGGCUGCUAUCUUUCCUGCUUUUUCUUGAAGGAUGGCCUUAUAUGCUUCUCCGGAAAUAGUUAAAAGGGCAACCAUUGGGUUUUCUUUUGUCCCAAGUACUGUACAAGCCUUCACUGUGGCUGUAAUCCUACCACGUAUACUAUGAAGUAACUGCCAUGUACUCGGUGGAAUUGCUUCUGAAUAAAGAUGUGGAGGAUGA